CGACCUCACCAAAAUGGCUGCUUUCGGACACACAUUCCCCUUCUAUCCUGGCCCCAAGCCAACCUUCUCAAUGGACACUACCUUGGCCAUCAUCAUCACCAUCUUUCUGACUGCACUGGUCACCUUCAUCAUCAUCCUGCCUGGCAUUCGGGGCAAAAUGAGGCUAUUCUGGCUGCUGCGGGUGGUGACCAGCUUAUUCAUUGGGGCUGUGAUCCUGGCUGUGAAUUUCAGUUCUGAGUGGUCCGUGGGCCAGGUCAGCACCAACACAUCAUAUAAAGCCUUCAGUUCCCAGUGGAUCAGCGCUGAUGUUGGCCUGCAGCUUGGGCUUAGAGGAGUCAACAUCACACUCACAGGGACCCCAGUGCAGCAGCUGAAUGAGACCAUCAAUUACAAUGAGGAGUUCACCUGGCGCCUAGGCGAGAACUAUGCUGAGGAGUAUGCAAGGGCGCUGGAGAAGGGGCUGCCAGACCCUGUGCUUUACCUGGCAGAGAAGUUCUCCCCGAACAGCCCAUGUGGUCUACAUGGCCAGUAUCGCCUGGCAGGACACUACACCUCAGCCAUUCUGUGGGUAGCAUUCCUCUGCUGGCUGCUGGCCAACGUGAUGCUGUCCAUGCCUGUGCUGCUAUACGGAGGCCACAUGCUGCUGGCCACGGGGAUCUUCCAGCUGUUGGGACUGCUUUUCUUCUCCAUUGCCACAUCACUUACCCAACCCUGUCCCCUGCGCCUGGGCAGUGCAGUGCUGCAAACUCGCCUUGGGCCUGCCUUUUGGAUCACGUUGACCACAGGAGUGCUUUGCGUGCUGCUGAGCCUGGCCAUGGCAGUGGCACACAGGAUGCAGCCCCACAGGCUGAAGGCUUUCUUCAACCAGAGUGUGGGAGAGAAUCCUGGGCUGAAGUGGAAUCCUGAGGAAGGAGGACUCCUGAGCCCCCGCUACCGGUCCACAGCUGAGAGUCCCCAGUCCCAGGACAUUUCUCUGUCUGAGGCUUCCUCCGAGACAUGCUGUAAGGAGGAGCACCCCAGAGUGCCUGAUUGUGCCCUAUAAGGUCCCUCUCCUUGGUGGCCACUCAGACUU